GGCAUUACACGGAUCAGUUACACUUUUUAUCCCUCUGGUAGAAAGUUCAAGAAACUUCGUUAUUCUCUGGUCAGCGACCAACUUCAAAUCUAUUAUUAUUUUCGUACGGACUGUCGUGGUAUGUAUGCACGUAGUGCAUGUCGAAUUUAGAAGGUGGAACGUUGUGUAUUUCUAAAACGUUGUCGAUCGUUUGAAUUUAAAAUGACGUCCGUGGACUCCGGCGUUGAAACGGGUAACGAUUCAAACGAUAGUUCGAUCGUUCCAUAUGAAAAUCUAUCGUCGAACCAAACUGGCAAUGUCAGUUCGACUGUUGCGACUACGAACAGCAGCGAGAAAGAAGUACACGAAAACGAACCGGGUACUUUCCAUAUUGAAUUCGUGCCGAUUGGUUUGCACUCACCGAUUUCAUCAUUGUGCAUUGCGGGACCGGUUGUUGUAUGUUCCAAGGUUUUAGAGUUUGGAUUUCCUCGCACGUACAAUGUCGAUAGACUAUCCAUAUCUAAGGAAGUGUUAAAAGACAGAUCUAUGUACCACAGAAAAAUGAAAUCAUUUUGCGCAUCGAUCAGAAGUCGUCACUAUGUCACUUGUAGUAAUAUCAGAGAUCCUUUUCUAGAGCAUAAAAUGCGACUCGCAGCAGCCACAAAUAAUACUAGUAUGAUGAAAAGGCUUUUAUGUAGCGGUGUGUCACCUAACAAUCACGAUGAAAAAGGACGAACUGCUCUACACUUUGUUUCCUGCAGGGGUUACACAGAAAUGGCUAAGUUAUUACUAGAAUAUGGUGCAGAUCCCAAUCAGCACGAUUACUUAGGCAAUACUCCAUUACACUUAGCAGCUGUAGCAUGUCAAAUAUCGGUGGUUACAUUGCUUGUAAAAGCAGGGGCGGAUAUAUUAUCCCUAGAUCACCAUGGCUAUAGUCCAUUGCAAUUAGCGCAAACGAAAUUGAAAUUAUUACAAAAUUGUAAGGGGGAGGAUAUGCUGAGGGUCAAAGAGGAAAUCCAUAACAUAGUUAAUAUGUUGUUAGCGUAUUUGCAAAAGCAGAAAGAUGCCCACGAAAAAGUAGAAUGCCUGAGUAGUUUUUAUUCGCGUUUAUCCCUGUCUAACACAUCUGAUCAGGUUCAGGAUGACGUAAAAGAUUUGCUCGCCAAUUUAGAUGCCCUUAGUAUAACGAGUUAAUCAUUUACGUUAACGGAUUGUCAGUUUUAUUGACAAAUUAAAUCGGAACACGGAAUUGAAGAAGAUUUCAGCAGCAUAUAUUGAAUUCCUUACUGUACUUUAAUAAGUUCUUUGUUUUAGUUAUUUAAUGCGUUGCAAGGAAGAUUUUUGUUUAACUUAUAUUUGCACGUGGAGUGAUGUUAAAAGUUUUAAUGUACAAAAUAUUAGAAACGUAGGGAAGUCAGUUAUGCGUAUGUUAUAAUCGAUACGUCGAGGUAUCGAGAAAUAACUUCAAUUUCAUCGGGAGUCAUUUAUAGCCUUUAUUAUUUCGAUUUGGAUCACUUUCGGAAAUAUUUUCUUUAUUUCUGAACUUAAAUAUUGCUUUUUCUUUGUAUGGCCUGUCACAAGUGUCCAAGAUAAUUUUAAUUAGGCGUCUUUAAUUUUGAAAGACACGUUUAAAGAUAAUACCCCGACGGGUUAAGAAAUCAGCUCAAUUUUAGAAUAACAGCAAGCCUUAAAUACUACGUACAUUUAUAAAAAAGAAUUAGAAGUUUGUACGGCCUCUAAAAAACGUUUUUUCUCUGUAUCGUUUUGGCAGUCAUUGUUCUUAACUGGGUAUAAGAGAAAAUACAGAUCCUGCCGAAUACAAGAAUCCCAAUCAUAGUAACAUUAUGAAUAUGUUCUUUACAAUUUAAUUUUUAAGACAAGAUAAUACAUGAUUAAAAAUUUCUUUAAUUUUUUGGAAUUUAAACGAACUGUAAUGUGUCAUUUUAGAAUACGAUCGUAAAUUAUGCUGCACGGAAUAAUAGUAUCGCAAAUGGAUUUAUUUAAACUGGCAUCUUUUAUACAAGCAGUAUGAUAAAAAAAAAAAAAACAAAAAUAAAUUUGUUAGUCCACGGAUACGUUUAACAGCAAAUUGCUACUUACGAUUAUUUUUAUAAAUUCUGAAAGUUUUGAAAAAAGGUGAACAGUUUAAAUUACCCUAUUUUUAUUACAAUGUUGUACAUUUGCAAUUUUAUUAUUUUAAUUUUUCUUAUUUCCUUAUACUGUUAUUUUUUGCGAACAAUUUUAAAACCGAAGAUGAUUCUUCAGUAUUUUUUCCACACUUUCGAACGAUACGAACACUCUAGAUUCGAGGAAAAAAAAUGGAGCUUAUAUUUUUAGUCCUCGAUUCAAAAUGCGAUUAUUACCAUCGAACAAAGUAACUUAGAAACUGUAGUAGAAGUAAAUUUUAUAUUAACACUGCUAUUAAAGUUUAUAUAGAUUUUAUUGCACGCAGGUUUAUUUUGAUGAUUAAACAAUUUUUUAUUAGAUAUCAUUUUUGCGUUAUCGUAUAUACUCUUUUUCGCUUUGUUUACAAGUGCAACUUCAAUAUUAUAUGAUAAACGAUAAACAAUUAAAUAACUUACGAGCAUUGUACCUUUCAUUCUGCCCGAGUGUCGAAUCCUAAUUGAAAUAUAAAGUUUAAGCAGCCAGCGUUUACUUUGUAAAACUGGUCAUUUGCUGUACAGUAUGUUAAACAUAAUUUCAAAAUGAAGGAAAGUAUAAUCUAUAUAGUACCAGACAUUACCAGAGAUUUGCAUAGUUAUUUGCGGAAUAUUUAAUUAUCAAAGGGAAUUAAACGAAUGAAAUUAAACAUAAAUAUGUAAAUGAUACAAUUUUUUUUAUUGUUCUAUGCUUCGUAGGUAUCAAAACCGUGUAAACCCGCGUAACGUUUUAAAUAUGUAUGAGCCAAUGUGGUUGGGCAUGUAUUAUAUUAAAGCAAAUAAGUUUGAAUCGAUUGAAUGUUUUGAUGUACACUCUUAAGAAUGAAAGAUCAAUUAAAUAAAUUACGAGUUUUUGCUGGAUAAUUACAUAAUUGAAGAACGCGUUAUUUUUAAUACCUUCAUACGUUUAAUAACUGUAUCCAUUAAUUCUCGUAUGGUUUAUACAUAUAUGGAUAAUGCACCCCAUUAAAGACGCCUAAUUAAAACAAAUUAAUUACACCAGUAAAUACUACGUGUAAUUAAUUUAUACAUUCUUUACGUAAGUAUUGCUCUGUUAGCAGUAAUUGCAUAAUCUGAAAGAAAAUAUAUUUUGUUUCAUAGGAACUUGCAUAUAACACAUACGUAUACGUUGUUACAGAGGCAACAAUUCUUACGAAUAACUCGCAAAUUUUUUUUGUUAUUUUCAUUUAUUUUUAUAUAGACACACGGUAAUAUCUUUCGUUAUGUCAACGGUAGUUUAAUAUUUAUAUUUUUCUGAGCAAUUUGUCAGGUACAAAAUUAACAUGAAUGCAAUUUACAACCAGUUUAUUUUAGGGUACCUCAGAAAAUAUUGUGAUUUUCAAAAUUUUGCUUUAUUAAAUCAUAUGGCAGUGUUUCUUAAUCUUUUUUGUUCGUCUAUUUCUUUCUAUAAACCUCUGUUGUUUAUUUAUAAUAUGUAACAUACAAUAAACUAUUCUAAUUGGAAAUGUAUAAUAAAAUACAGUCAUAAAAAACAUAUAAUAAUUUAAAAUAUAGU